CAGUGGAAACCUGGCAACAAGGGCCUCCCUGUCCUCCAGCCUGGCGACAGCCACACCACACCCAGGCCUGGCUCCAGACACAGCCGUCCAGGGAGGGAUGUGCUGUCCUCCUGCACAUCUCCCCUCAUCCUGAGGCCAGCCUCUAGGAGGUGGACAGCCCGCAGCAGGGGAGCCCCAUGAUGCUGGACUCAUCGGUGGCAGAUCAGAUCACCCACCUGACCCUGAAGCUCUUGGAGCAGAAGCUGGAGCAAGAGCGAGGGAACACAGAAGUGAACUCGGAGGGCCCUCCCCUGGUGCCAGGACAUGAGGCCAGUCCAGACGAGGCCUUGCCCCGUGCUCUGAGGAGGAGGAAGGACCUUCUGCAGAGACUCUGGGAACAGCAGCUCCUAGAUGAGCAGCCCCAGCCCCGCGCCUGGAGGGGGCCACAUGGAGGAGCCCCCAGGCCAGCCCUGUACCCAGAAGUGCCCCCUGUGGGUGUCUACCAGGCUGCCUCCACGCCCCUGCAGGCCCCCGAGCCUCUGAGGAUCAUCCAGCACCCGGUCUCCCAGCCUCCUGCCACCAUCAUUCAGCAGCUCCCUCAGCCGCCACUCGUCGCCCAGAUUCCUGCUCCUCAGGCCUUUCCUGCUCAAAGGUCAGGAAGCAUCAAAGAAGACAUGGUGGAGAUGAUGUUGAUGCAGAAUGCGCAAAUGCACCAGAUCAUCAUGCACAACAUGCUACUCAAAGCCCUCCCACCUGCAGCAGUGCCUGGGGGAUCACACAUUCCACAGCAGGAUCUGCAGUGGGCGCCCCAGGUCAUCCUGAGAGCCGAGAGGCAGAGGCCAGCCCCUGUGCACCACCACCACCACUACGCAUCCCCUGCUCCGCUGCAGGCUAGCCCUGCACCUGGCACCCCUGUUGGCUAUUCUACGUGGCCUCCAGUGGUUACAGCCACUGCCCUGCCCGCAACCAGCAGCUUCCUGCCCACCAUGCGCCAUGUGGCUGGCCCCAUGGUGGCACUGGACAGUGAUCUGCCCUCACAGGCUCCAGGAGUGUGAGCCCCUGGGUCCAGCUUGGUGAGCAGCAAGGUCUUCCCCCUCCAGAGGGAAAACCAGGUGAAUGCCUCACCGAGGUGAAACACAAAUUUCAUAAGGAAAGAAUUCAAGAAAAACACAGUUCAGGGUUCUCAACAGAAAAAGAUUAACAGCUUUAACUACAUAAAAAUUUAAACAUUCCUAUGGGGAAACAUAAGAAAGUCAAAUUGGAGCGAGGAUGCAGCUCAGUGCUAGAGUGCUUGACUAGUGUGCGUGAGGACUGUGUGAGACCCAGCACCCCCGUGCACGUGAAAGUUUCCUCACGGUAGGAUGUGGUGUGAUUCCCUUUGAGCCACACAUAUGCAUGCAUGCGUGCUGCUGGCUUGCCUGACUCUGUCCCUCAAGUCAAAAGCAAGUGCCUGAGGGUGGGCCUGCACAGCGUGGGUAGGACGGCUCCUCUAGUCUUGUCAACGGUUCUUAUCACAUGUGCCCAAUACCUACGCGCUUUAAAUAAAGAGUGUUCUUUGGUUACUAUUCUUGGUGGAAUUAUGUUCCCUUCCUGUUUUAAUGUUGUUUUUUAAAAGUGUUGAUUUUAAGUAUUCUGCGUAAGCGUUCAUUCACUUUCCUGUAGGGUAAUUUCCCGGUCACUAAGCUCUUCACAGCAGGGCCCCUCAGGCUGGAGCAAGAUGAGCAGGGCUGACAGCCACACAUGGGCCUCCCUCCUGGCUGCCCUGGCUCUCAGAAUAGCUUCCCACAGAUGAAGAGGACGUGAGGCCCAUGGGAACAGACACGUUGAGCCUUACGCCAGUCCCCUUCCCUCAGUGCUGUUCUGAAUGUGAUUCCAGGACUGCUCUUGUUAAAACCAGGCAUGAAAAGGCCUGACCUGAUCUAUUUUCAGGCCGACUUUUCCUUUCCUUUCUCCCCCACCCAGGAUUGACCCCAGGCAGGGCAAAUGCUCUACCAUUGAGCCCCAUUCCC